UUGACACUAACUCUCCUUGCAUCCUCAGGGCUGCAUUGAGAUGCCGGACGUCCCAGCUGAGACGGCUUAUGAUGUGCUGCACGACACGGAGUAUCGGAAGAAGUGGGAUGCCAACGUCAUCGAGACGCACGAGAUCGCCCGUCUCUCAGACAGUGCUGACGUAGGCUAUUAUUCGUGGAAGUGCCCAAAGCCCUUACGCAACAGAGAUGUGGUGACGCUGAGGUCUUGGCGAGUCCUGGACAAGUCUUACGUUAUCCUUAAUUUUUCUGUCAAACACCCAAAGUACCCUCCCCGCAAAGACCUGGUUCGGGCGGUGUCCAUAUUGGCUGGAUAUUUAGUGGAACCCACCGGAACCAAUGGCUGUCGCUUGACUUACCUGGCCCAAGUUGAUCCGAAAGGGUCGCUGCCCAAGUGGGUUGUGAAUAAAGCUUCCCAGUACCUGGCACCAAAGAUGAUGAAGAAGAUGCACAAAGCGUGCUUGAAGUACCCCUCCUGGAAGCAGGACCACAAGGCGAGCCUAAAGCCAUGGUUGCACCCUGAACAGAACGAGCUCCCCACCAUGGCCCUCUCCGACCUGUGUCUCCAACACGCCUCCUCUCUGGAGAACAUAGACGAGAGUGGCUUAAUGGAAACCAAGGAAGAGAAGGGGGACACCAGCGGCUCAGAGAACUGACGCUGCUUCGGCUCCCUUUCUGUUCGGGAGCCUUCCGCUAGUCUGUCGCGGUGCCUUGCCUAGUUGUUUUUACAAUAAAACGGUGGGAAAUUCCA